UCUAUCCUCCCUUCAGUCUUCACUCUCUGUUGUUCCCUCAAAAUGUACUUGCCUUUUUUUUCCCCUUUUUCUCUGUUUUUGGCACUUACUUCUGCCCCUUUUCUUCUCUAACUUUUCCUGGAGAUUAGAAUCAUCUUCUUCGAUAAUAUUUAGAGAAUUAUAUGUGAGAUUUGUAUUGUGUUUCUAGAGAAGUGCGAAUGUUGUAAUGGAGACGAAAGGUGGCAAGAAGAAGUCUAGUAGUAGUAAUUCUUCCAUACAAUACGAAGUUCCCCUCGGCUACAGCAUUGAAGACGUCCGUCCAAACGGUGGCAUCGAGAAGUUCCGAUCUGCUGCUUACUCUAACUGCGUGAGGAAGCCAUCCUGAUACGAUCCCAAGAAGCAAAGAAAACAAAAAUGCCUUCAUCGCUAGACUAGGAUUUCCCAUAUUCUCAUUCUCGUCUAUUGUUUUUUCUCUUUCUCGAUUUUGAACAAAAAUAAGACUUGAAUCGAUUCUUUCGAAGGCAACCCCCAAAAACUAAGCUCAAUAAGCCAUGGCCAUUGAAUCACCACCACCUCCUUCCCCAAUUGGAUUCGAAGGCUUUGAAAAGCGCCUUGAAAUCACCUUCUCUGAAGCACCCAUUUUCAAUGACCCUGCUGGGAAAGGCCUACGUGCCUUGACUCUGUCCCAACUGAACUCAAUCCUCGAGCCAGCUUGUUGCACCAUUGUAGCUCAGCUUUCCAAUAAUGAGUUUGACUCCUACGUCCUCUCCGAGUCAAGUAUGUUCAUUUUCCCUUUGAAAAUAGUACUCAAAACUUGUGGGACUACAAAGCUACUUUUAUCCAUCGAACCGAUUCUGAAACUCGCUGAAUCCCUUUCACUUGAUGUAUCUGACGUUAAAUACUCUCGAGGCAGCUUCAUUUUCCCUAAUUACCAACCUGCCCCUCACCGGAGCUUCUCCGAAGAGGUUACUGCUUUGAACGGGUUCUUCAGCUGUUUAAAACCCAAGGCCUAUGUUCUCCUUGGCGAUCCCGCCUCGCCAAAUCGCAACUGGCACAUUUACUCGGCAUCAUCAAGGAAAUCAGUGGAGGAUCGGACGGAUAUGAUCACUUUUGAGAUGUGCAUGACUGGCUUGGACAAGAAAAAAGCGGCCGUGUUUUUCAAGAGAUCGGCGGAUGCGGAUUAUUCGGCUAAGGAAAUGACCAGAAAUUCCGGGAUAUCUGAAAUUAUACCGAGUCACGCAAUAUGCGACUUUGACUUUGACCCAUGUGGGUACUCAAUGAAUGGGAUUGAAGGUUCAGGAUUCUCAACAGUGCACGUGACCCCAGAGGAUGGUUUCAGUUACGCUAGCUACGAGGCGAUGGGAUUCGACGCUAGCGAGGUUAACUUGAACUCACUAGCCAGCAGGGUGCUCAAGUGUUUUGAACCAAACGAGUUUUCUAUUGCGGUCACGUGCCAUGGUAGUGGGGUCCAGAGGUGUACUAUGGAGUGCGGUGACGUGGAUGGGUACUGGUGUCGUAGUGUUGUGGAGCAGGAGUUGGCUGCCAGAGGUGGAGGUGGAGGUGGUGGGUGGGUGGUAUAUAGGAGUUAUGAGAAGAAAGAAAAAGAGCAUCAUGUAGUGGCAAGUCCUGCUAAGGUGUCGAUGCAGUGCUGGAAGGAGGUGGACGAGGAGGAGGAGGUGAUGCUGGUGAUGGCUUGUCUAUGAUGGAGUGGAGUCCAGCCAAGCAUGACUCUGUCAGGUUUUGUUUGGUGUUGUUGACAGUCAUGGUUGAUGGGUUUGUCUUUUAUGUGUUUUGUCUUGUUUGGGUUUUUUUUUUUUAAUUUUUAUUUUUUAAAAGCGAGGUCUAAAUGUAGUCUUUGGGGUUUCUUUUUUUUUGGAAUAAAAUAAUUUUUAAGGAUAUUUUUGGAC